GGUCUUCGCCAAAUUUCCCAGAGGACCAUAAGCACUGCUUCACGCAGGCAGUUUGAAAAUAGAGUUCCUGAGAAGCAGAAGUUUUUUCAGGAGGAUAAUGGCAUCCCAGUGCAUCUUAAAGGUGGUGUAAUGGAUUCUCUGUUGUAUAAAGUCACCAUGGGUCUUUCAGUUUUUGGAACAGCCUAUGUUAUUUACGAGCUGCUUCUUGCUUCAACGCCCAAGAAGCAGAAAUGA